AUGCCGGGGCCAGCGGUGGGUGUGGAGCAGGUCCUGGAGCCGGGAGCCACCGAGUACCACCUGGGGCUGCUGAAGGCCAAGCUUGCCAAGUACAGGGCUCAGCUGCUGGAACCCUCCAAGUCCUCGGCUGCCAAAGGAGAAGGCUUCGAUGUGAUGAAAUCUGGAGAUGCCCGGGUGGCUCUGAUUGGUUUCCCUUCUGUGGGUAAGUCCACAUUUCUGAGUCUGAUGACCUCAACUGCCAGCGAAGCUGCAUCCUACGAGUUCACCACCCUGACCUGCAUCCCAGGAGUCAUAGAAUACAAAGGAGCCAACAUCCAGCUGCUGGAUCUGCCGGGAAUCAUCGAAGGAGCAGCACAAGGGAAGGGCAGGGGGCGGCAGGUGAUCGCUGUGGCCAGGACAGCAGACGUUGUCAUUAUGAUGCUGGAUGCCACCAAGGGUGAGGUACAGAGGGCCCUGCUGGAGAAGGAACUGGAAUCGGUUGGAAUCCGGCUGAACAAAAGCAAACCAAAUAUCUACUUCAAGCCGAAGAAGGGUGGAGGCAUCUCCUUCAACUCAACGGUCACGCUGACUCAGUGCUCUGAGAAGCUGGUGCAGCUCAUCCUCCAUGAGUACAAAAUCUUCAAUGCUGAGGUCCUUUUCAGAGAGGACUGUUCCCCUGAUGAGUUCAUUGAUGUGAUUGUAGGCAACAGGGUCUACAUGCCAUGCCUUUACGUCUAUAACAAGAUUGACCAGAUAUCCAUGGAGGAAGUGGAUCGCCUGGCUCGGAGGCCCCACAGUGUUGUCAUCAGCUGUGGUAUGAAGCUGAACCUGGACUACUUGCUGGAGAAGCUCUGGGAGUACCUGGCUCUUACCUGCAUCUACACCAAGAAACGAGGACAGAGACCAGACUUCACUGAUGCCAUUAUUCUACGGAAAGGGGCCUCUGUGGAACAUGUGUGCCACCGAAUUCACAGAUCAUUAGCCAGCCAGUUCAAGUAUGCCUUGGUGUGGGGCACAAGCACAAAAUACAGCCCCCAAAGAGUGGGCUUAACCCAUAUGAUGGAGCAUGAAGAUGUCAUUCAGAUUGUGAAGAAGUAACCCUUUCUGCUGGUGCCUGGCCUUGUCUUUGAUCACUAGAAUUGGAACUGACCAUGUAAAAGCAAAAAAAACAACAACAA